UUUAAUCUGUGUAUGUUAGUAUUUUGACAAGCCGGCAGCAUUUUCUCUCCUCCGCACUUUAAUUUAAUUUCUUUCUUUUUUAUGUUUGUGCACUAAUAUUGUUACCAAAAUGACUGCUGUGUCGCUAUCCUGUGGGUUAGAGUAUUCCGCUACACCGGAUUUGCAAGCUUGUCUUACGGAAGCCCUUCACGCAGAUUAUUCAUUUAUAGUGUCUCCGAUAGUUCACCCACGUUUCCGUAGACACCAUGUCUUGUCGAGCAGUGGAGUUGCAGGCUUCACUCGGUCAGAUAUGCUGCUCUGCCCUCAAGAUUGGACAGUCAGGAUUGUGGGGAAGUUGUCCCCGUACCUGGACGUGGACGCGCCGUCGGCCGUGGCGCGGCAGCGGCACGAGGACUGCCUGCUGGAGGAGCUCGCCUACUGCCGCGGCCUCGGCCUGCCCGCCAUCAUGCUGAACCUACACGGAAGAAACUCUUCUAACUUAGCUAGAAUCCUUCACACUUAUUAUGAAACAAGCCAUCACCCAUCUCUGAUAUGGGCGAGAAUACCCAUGGUUUGCAAUAGGACUUACCAAAACUGCCAAAGCCAAGGCAAGGAAGACAGUGAAGAACCAUGGGAAGAGCCGUGGCAGUGGUGGUCCAUGUUCCAUGAGCGAAUGGAGUGGGACAAGAGAGUCGGGGUUGUGCUGGAGUUGUCCGGGGACCUGCCACCAGAGCCACUUCUGAAGCGAUGGCUGGGCGAGCCGGUCAGAGCAGUCAUUGUGCCAACAUCAAUCUUUCAUAAUAACAAGAAAGGAUACCCAGUGCUAACAAGACGCCACCAAGACCUGCUGAUAAGUCUGGUGGAGCGAGAUGCGCAGGUGAUAGUGAGCGGCGCUCGUCGGUCCAACCUGGAGUACUACAUGCAGUUCCUGUACCACAUGUGGCAGAGGAGACCGCACCAAGCUGACGAUCCCAUGCUCACUUAUGCCAGAGGUUGGGAAGACUUCUUGCAGAUACCGCUGCAGCCACUGGCAGACAACUUGGACACACACACAUACUAUGUGUUUGAAAAGGAUCCUAUAAAGUAUGACCAGUAUCAGAAAGCUAUUACAAAAGCAUUAAAUCAUCUAAAGUUGAAAGAUGUGAAGAAAAUAAAGGAAGCACAGGUGGAGGAUAAAGAGAACCAGGCCGACAACGGGCAAGGAGACAACAACAACGUGGCGAGCGAGCCGGAGUUCACGGUGAUGGUGCUGGGCGCCGGCCGCGGCCCGCUCGUGCGGGCUACGCUGAAUGCCGCCAGCAUCUCGCAUACUAAAGUCAAGGUAGUUGCGGUGGAGAAGAACCCGUGCGCGGUGGUGGUGCUGAGCGCGCAGGCGCGGGAGACGUGGCGCGGGCGCGACGUCUCCGUGUUCGCGGGCGACAUGCGACACAUCAACCUGUCGCCCAAGGCUGACAUCAUUGUGUCAGAGCUUCUAGGCUCAUGGAGCGACAACGAGCUGUCGCCCGAGUGCCUGGACGGCGCGGCGGGGCUGCUGCGACCCGGCGGCAUCUCCAUCCCCUGCGCCUACACGUCGUACGCGGCGCCCGUGAGCUCGCCCCGGCUGUGGGCCGCGGCGCGCGCCGUCGCCGGCCCGGCGGGGCAGACCCAGCAACGGAAGAACCUGGAGACCCUAUGGGUCGUUUAUAUGCAGAAUAAACACGAUAUUGGAGAGACUAAGCCCGUCUUCACAUUCGAGCACCCAGCCAAAGGCAUAACAAGCAACGAGGGUGAAGAAAUACGUGACUACAGGGACCUGCCGCUGCCGGACAACCGUCGCUCGGCCACGGUCUCGUGGGAGGUCACUCAAGACAACGUCAUGCACGGCUUCGGAGGGUACUUCGACUGCUCGCUGUUCGGCAACGAGAUGAUCAGCAUCGUGCCCUCCACGCACAGCCCCGGCAUGAUAUCGUGGUUCCCUGUCUUCAUACCGAUACAGACCCCAUUGCGUGUGUCGAAGGGCGACACGAUCACGGCGACGUUCUGGCGCUGCGUGGACUCGCGGCGCGUGUGGUACGAGUGGACGGCGCGCGUCGGCGCCCGCACCACGCCGCUGCACAACACCAACGGACGCAGCUCCGAAAUGCUCUUAUGAUUGGCUGUAACUAGUGUUUUGUUAUAAUUGUAAUUAAUGAUUUUAUAAGUUUGCAUAUAAAUAUGUGAAAACAUC